AUGGCAACAGAACAACACCGUGUGAACGUGCCUGUCUUGACAAUGACUGACCAGCAUUCACGAUCUGAUAUGCAUACUGCGUUCCAUGCCAGAAAUCAUUUGAAACGGCAAAUGCACUCUUCGCCCACCGCUCGAGAGAUCACUGCAACGAGCUUCUUUUCAACUUGGGUCAUGGUAGUAAGCAAACAAUGUGUCUAUUUCAUCGAGUGCAAAAAAGAGUACCUGAAUGUGUCAUCUUUUCGCAAGCACGCGCUCUUGAAACACCCAAACAGCAACAUCACGGUGGCAAAAACAGACGAAUCUCCAGCAGCCAAGAGACGCAGGAUCACAGCUUUAGCUUUCUCCAAAAAUAAAGGAUGUGAAGCUACGCUCAAAAUGGGCAACGAAGCGCGCUCGACCCAUUUGGCAACUGCUUCCAUUCGCAUCGCCUUCCGUGACACCCAGGUCAAAUGUGUUAUGCAAUUGCAUGACGACGAGUGCACCAUCGGCGUCCUGCUAUUAGUUGUCUAA